AUGGCGGACGCUGUCACAGAAAGACAACCGGCGAAUAGAAUCAUAACGUCGCCUCUCAAUGUCGAGAUUCCUGCAAUCGAUGUGGCUUCGUACGUAUUCUCGUCUGGCACAGCGGCAUCUCGAGGCACACCGCUAUACUUCAAUGCCGAGAAGCCAUCCCAGAACUUCAGCCUCGAUGAAGCCAAAAUCGAGGUCAAACGCUUUGCCAGAGGGCUCCAGAAACUAAAUCUCCAACCCGGUGACAGAGUACUUUUAUUUUCUGGGAACCGGCUGUACUUUCCAAUUGCUUUCUGGGCGAUUAUGGCAGCAGGCUGCGUUUUCACUGCCAUAGCUCCGUCGGCCUCUGCUUUGGAACUGGAGUAUCAGCUACGCGACAGCGGAGCACGCGCGCUGUUAACGAGCCCAGAGGGAGCUGAGACUGCAUUGAAAGCAGCCAAGGCAACAUCGAUAUCUAUCGACCGAGUGUUUCUUUUUGGAGACCCAGACGAGAACCUAGCUCACCCACAAAUCCGGCCGUGGACCGAUGUCUUUUGUUCACCAGAGGAGGUCAGGUCCUGGUCAUGGAAGCACAUCACCACGCUGGAAGAAGCAAAAAGCACAACAGCAGUCAUCAACUACUCGAGCGGCACCACUGGCCUUCCCAAGGGAGUCGAAGUCACCCACUACAACCUCGUGGCCAACUCAGAACAAGUCAUUUUCAAGCGAAAUAGCGUUGCUGAUACACCCCUGGGUCGCCAACGCAAGGCCAACAUUGACAGUUCCGGCGAGCGGUGGCUUGCUCCUCUGCCCAUGUAUCAUGCAUAUGGACAGACGUAUUCGUGUAUGAGUGCUGCACGGAUUGGCGCCAAGGUCUUUAUCCUUCCAAACUUCACGCUGCAAAAAUACCUGCAGUUCCUUGAUAUCUACCGAAUCACAUUCAUGACGACAGUGCCUACCAUUUUGACCAUGCUGGACAAGUAUGAGAAUACACAUCACUUCAAUCUGAAAGCGAUCGAAGUUGUGACCAGCGGGUCAGCCCCGUUAAACGGCGAGAUUGCCGCUCGCAUCACGGAAAAGUACAUGAGAGCCGGAGUAAAAGUAAAACAAGGCUGGGGAUUAACCGAGACUACGUGUUCCGUGACUGGGUUCCCUCCCGAUGAGGACGACGACGGUCGAAGUAUUGGCUGGAUGAACCCGAACUGUGCCGUCAAAAUCGUUCCUACCGAUGAUGAUGGCCAGGCAACGACCAAGACAUCAGAAACCGUGGGAGAGAUCUGGGUCGCAGGGCCAAACAUGAUGAAAGGGUACUGGAGAAACGAAAAGGCGACGCGUGAGACUGUGGUUGAGAGUGAUGGGUACCGGUGGGUUCGGACAGGAGACAUCGGAUACGUAGAUGGCCGGGGCUGCAUCUACAUCGUUGAUCGGUUGAAGGAACUGAUCAAAGUCAAGGGUCUUCAAGUGGCACCCGCGGAGCUGCAGCUCAUUCUGGUAACUCAUCCUGGCGUUCUCGAUGCCGCUGUCGUCGGGGCCAAAAUCAAUGGACAGGAACAUCCUAGAGCGUUUGUAGUCCGUAAAAACGAAGAUAUAAAAGCAGAAGAUAUUGCAGGUUGGGUCAAGCAGCGGCUAUCUCCACACAAAUGGCUCACUGGAGGCGUGUAUUUCGUCGACUCGAUUCCACGGACGCCGAGUGGGAAGGUGAAAAAGCGAGAUUUACCAGAAAUUGAAUCUCAGAGGGUAUCGAAAUUAUAG